ACAAGAAACACAAAGCAACAAGCACAUAAAAAACAUAACAGCAAAAGAGAGAAACACAUAUUAAAAAAAAAAUGGAGGCAUCAAAGAAGCUUGUUGCAGUGUUUCUCAUUUGCAUUGUUAUGUUUUCAUCAUCUGUUCAUGGAGAAAGUAACGCAGAAAAAAUUAAAGAAGCAUUUAAAACUGUGGCAAAUGAAUACACAGUUUGCUACAAUGAUUGCCACAAGGAAUGCUCCGAUGCAGGAUUUGGAUACACUCAUUGCGAGAUGAAGUGUGACGAAGAUUGCACCGCGAAGUUGAUUAAAGAAAGAAUUGAGAAAAUGAAGAAUUGAAGUCUUGAAAAUGGACCAAAGGAUGCAAAACAUUCCUUAAUUAACAGAGAAUAAAACGGUGGUUUCAUUUAUAGUACUAAUUGAUUAAUUCAUUUUUGUAAUUCUUAAGACUUAAUAAAAUCGUUUCUUUCUCUAA